GCACUACAAAAAAAAAACAUUUUUAAAUUUCCUGUCACAAUGAAGAGUUUAUUUUUCAUAGUGGCCAGUUUGGCGUGCGUAUAUGCGCAAGAAUUCAAAUGUCCCGAGAAGAGCGGCUUCUACCCCGACCCGUACCAAUGUGACCUCUAUUACAAGUGCAGUAAAGGCAACUCGGAGACGAAGCUGUGUCCCGAUGGUCUAGUGUUCAUGGACGAGAACCCCAAUAAGGAGCGAUGCGAUAUCCCCUCCAACGUGGACUGCGGGGACAGGAAAGAACUGCAGGAGCCCCACCCUACUAAGGACUGCCCCCGCCAGAAUGGUUACUUCAAACAUCCGGACCCACAGGCCUGUGACAAGUUCGUCUACUGCUCGGACGGGGUCCCCAACGAGCACCCGUGCCCACCCGGCCUGAUCUUCGACGAGGAGAGCUCUAACUGCGAUUGGAAGGAGGCCGUCAACCGCCAGUGCGACCACCCCACUAAGGACGUCCUUGAUGACGGUUUCACCUGCCCCGACGGCGACGUGAUGGGCCCCAACGGCCGCGCGCUCCCGCACCCCACCUUCCCGCACCCCGAAGACUGCCAGAAGUUCUACAUCUGCCGGAACGGAGUUCAGCCGCAGAAGGGCAGCUGCCCACUCGGCAAGGUCUAUAACGAGGACACGUUCAUGUGUGAUGAGCCUGAGAAGGUCCAAGGAUGCGAAAACUUCUACGAAGGAACCCAGCUUGACAAGAACAAAGUCCCCAAGAAAGCGUAAAGUGCCGUAGUUAUUAUUAGCUUUAGAAUUGUACUUUAAAUAAAUUUUAAUUU